CGCGCUCAUUCGUCGCUGGCCGGGAGACUUGAGAAGUGAUCGUUGCGUGUCUUAAAAGCACGGUAACGGCUAACCUGUUGUAUAUACUGCCAAAGAUGGAUUACGAAAGCAGCAACAAGCGCUUCAAGACAGCGAAUGGCACGCCCAUUGCUGCAACAUCCACCAACGGAGCCUCUGCAUUGCCCGCCUAUCAACCACCCGCCAUUGUCGCGCGUGGUGCUGCUGCACGUACUCCCCCUUCGCCAACCUCCGCCUCAGUCCGCUCGAUCAACCCCACCACACACGGCAACAAGCCCGGCCUGCGCCUGACCGUCAAAGCUCCAGCCAGCAAACUCCGUCAAGCCACCUCCUCCAGCGCCAUCCCGCCCAACCCAUACGCAGGCGACAGCGAUGCCACCCCCGCGCCCCGAGCGGCAAGGAGCACUCGCAACCCUCGUGCUCUCAUCGAACCGGACAGCGAGGUGGAGGAUGAAGACGAAGAUGCCGAGGGGGAGGAAGACGACAUCGACCGUGACCUACUCGCCCAUGAGGACGACAGCGAGGAGGAUGCCGAGGGCGAGGAGGACGAGAUGGACAUGGAUGAGCCGCACCCGCCUCCUCCCAUCAUCAAACAGGCCGCCCCUCCCAACGGCAGUAGUGGGAAAGCCAAGCCCAACGUCACCAUCACCGCACCCCCAACCUCCCGACCCCUCAAAUCCGUCGAAGCGAAAGAACUAGCCCUCGCCGGUGAAGACGAGGACGAGGACGAAGAACUCUCCGAGCUGGAAGAAGGCGACGAGGACGAAAACGACAACCUCAACGACCUCGAAGACGACAACGACAUCGACCACAGCGACGACGACGACGAAGGAGAAGGCGACCUCUCCCGCAGCGCCACCCCGGACCUAAGCAAACUCACCCGUCGCCAACGCGGGCAGUACGAGGAAAUCGACGGCGGACUGAUGGCGUUGUCGAAUGAAGCGCAGAAGAAGAAACACCUGACCGCGGAGGAACACGCGAUGCGGCGGGCAGAAAUGGCGAGGCGGCGGAAGAAUCUAAGUGAGAAGCGGAACGAGGAGGAGAAAGUAAGUCUUCUCUCUCUCCAAACUUCAACCCCCUGAUCGAUCCGAUCGAUCGAUCGUUCUUGUAAACUUGGGCUUCCGGCUGAUGUCAACGGCACGUGUUAGAUGUCAACGAUUGAUAAACUGCUCAAGAAACCCGCGCCCAAGCGGCGCACGCGCGCGGAGAUGCUUGCGGACGCGCUGGCGG